AUGCUUAAAGCUGGAAACUUCGGUGAAAUCAGUCCUCAGGUGUCCAAGGCCAUCGACAAGGACGCCAAGGAGAGACUGGUUCUCACUGCUGAGAGUGAAUACCAAUUCCAGGAGAUCGACGCCGUUCACGACGACCACCGCUCUCGUGGUCUCCCUUUGAAAGUGUAUCGCCACUAUGCUGACAUUCAACGUAGUUAUGAGCAAGCCAACGACUACGACGGCCUGUACGUUGCUCAGAGAAACCAAAUCAAGACAGAUGCUCAUGCAAACCUUUCUGAGGACAAACUGGACACCCAGCGCAAGCUCCGUCAGGCCAAAGUGUACUCCAUUUUCUUCCUUAUCACCACUGAUAUUUUGGGACCAAGUAAUGCUCCAUAUGCUAUUGCCCAGAUGGGUUACGUGCCAGGUAUCAUCCUAUACGUCAUCUUUGGUAUUUUUGCAGCUCUUGGAGGGUACGUUCUGAACUACUGUUUCUGCAAACUGGACUCCAACAACUAUCCGAUUCGGACUUUCUCCGAUCUGGCCGGGAGAGCCGUUGGAGCUUGGUUCCGCUACCCAACGGCCCUGUUGCAAUUUAUCCAGAUGAUCAUGAACGUUGGUCUGAUCAUGCUGUCUACCGGACAAACUCUGGCCCAGAUGCUUGUCACAAACCGUGGCCACAACUCGCUGUGUUUCAGUGUUGAGGUGCUGGUUUGGGCAUUUUUGGGUAUGAUUCUUGGCCAAAUCAAGACUUUGAGCCGUUUCGCUCACAUCGCCAAUUCCGCUGUCUGGAUGAACGUGGCUGUUUGUAUCAUCACCAUGGUGGCUGCAGGUGUGGAAAAUAAGCCAAAUUAUGACCUGUUCUGGUCCAACUACGGAUGUACCGCUCCAUACAACACCCUGGAAAUCGUCAGACACGCUGUUGCUCCAGGUUCGCUUUCUGACCGUAUUGGUGGAAUGAACAACAUGGUUUUUGCCUGGGGAGGUGCCACCGUUUUCUGUGAGUGCAUGUAUGAGCUCAGAAGACCUAUGGACUUCUGGAAGGGCAUGAUCUGUGCACAGACUUUCAUUCUGGUGAUUUACCUGGUCUUCGGUCUGUUUAUCUACUCCAAAUUGGGACAAUGGUCUUACGUUACCGCCAACAUGGGUAUUUCAAGCCACGCUUUGCAAAAUGCCACCAACGUCCUUAACCUUGUGUCUGGUAUGCUUGCCGCCACGCUCUAUGCUAACGUCGGUCUGAAGGUGCUUUACCAAGGUUUCCUUGUUUCCGACUUCAAAUUCCCUCAAUUGACCAGUUACAAGGGUACCAUUGUUUGGGGAGUUCUGGUGGUCGUCUACUGGGCCUGCGCUUUCAUCAUCGGUGCAGCCAUCCCAGGUAUCAGUGAGUUGGUCUCCAUCAUUGGUGCCUUCUGUAUCUUCCAAUUUUCCUACACCUUGCCAUUCUUGUUCAUUCUUUGUCUCUUGAUCCGUAUGGAUGUGACAAUGCCAGACAGUUUCGAUCCCGUGUCUGAAAAACUUGUCAAGGCAGACACUCUGCGCAACUGGUCCCGUUGGAAGCGUGGUCUCACACACGGAGGAUGGAAACGUACCCUUAUCAAAGUUACUGCUUUCCUUCUUUUCCUUGCAUCCCUUUCCUGUGCGGGACUUUGCUCAUACUCUGCUAUCGAAAGUGCCAUCGAGUACUAUAAGACAUCCACAGCUAGCGCAUUUGGAUGCACGGCCCCUGUUACGCCAAAUAAAGGAUUCACCUGUGCUGGUAUCACAGUCGGCGGCAAUUGA